CUUCAGAAGGCCAAGAAAUGAUAAUUUGGUCUCUUAUAUUAAGUACAACGAUUGCAGAACUAAGCUGCUUGCUACACGCUACCGGUGUGCACCUAUACAUAUGAAAUACGGAGAAAAAUUCAACAAAAUUAAAAAUUUGUCUAAACGCAUGUAUGUGCCAGAACCACUCGAUGACAUUAAGAGCAUAGUGGGGAUACAUCCGGAAUUUAACACUGUUAUCUCGGGUCGUCCUUUGCGAAUUUCUGACGACAUUAAUGUUUACAUACGGACCAUACGUUCAUAUGCAAUGUUACGUCAACAAAUUGGAUACCGGAAUGACUUAAACUGGAGAAUACAAAAGAAUAUAUCAGAGGAAUUAAAGGAAUAUGGAAAUAUUUCCGGAAAGAUCAAAAGUCAUGUUUCAAACUUUCGACUUUUUCUUCUAGAAGACCAUAAACAAGUUGUUACCAAAUUAGCUAAAUUAGAAAAACUGCAUGCAGAAAUACAGGUAAAAAAUAAAGAAUUCCUGGAUAUAAUUUCAUGUGUUACUCUACUAAAUAAUGUUAUUUUGACACUUGAUGCCGCGAGAAAUUAUUUGAAAAUGUAUAGAACUUACUGCCUGUUUGUAGCGCCAAUUAGUUGGAGACAACAAUACGAUGAAACGUUACGAGAUCGACUGCAAUCAAUACAAUUUGAGACUGGCGUAUUCUUAUUGGAUAAUGAUUUAAUGGAUUGUAUCGAUAUCGAUAAGACAUUGGUAUGCGCUAAAAUUGAGUUAAGGAAUAGACUUCCUCCUGUGUUAUAUUUUAAGACACCUCAACAAAUGAUGCACAUGUUCCGCGGUAUGGAAUUGCAAAGUAGAGAGUAUCUCAUUCAACUUUCACACACUGGCGCCCCUUAUCGCAGCUUACAGCGACACGUAAAGCAUCUCAAAGAGGCAACCAAGCUAGAGCUUGAUUAUUUUAAAUUUAAUAUUGAUUAUGUUGUAAAUGCAACUGAAAGGGAGGAAUACAAUACUAAUUAUAUUCAACAAAAAUUUUUCCGAAUAUUAAACAAUACUUUUUGCAAUACCGUGUCUAGCGAUGAAACAUUAAAAUUAAAGAUUUGUAUUGAAUUUGUUUAUGAGCAAGUUUUGAAUAAAUGUGAAGACGGGCAUCAUAACCUGUAUGAACCUAUGACGGUCAUCGAAGGACUAUAUGAAAAUUAUUAUUUGAAUUUAGAUGCAUUAGAUUUUAAAAUAGUCGAGUCAGCUAAACGUGAAUUGUUCUCCCAGGACUUAAAAUAUAUGAAGUGCGCUCAUCUUGCUCAAAAAGAAUUAAAAGCGUUUAACGGGAUGACAAAUGCGUUGAACAAGGCUUUAUUGCCGCCGGCAAAAUUCAAGAAACUCUCCCCAUUAGCUGCUCUACCAUGUAGAAAGUCUACUGCGGUUAGUAAAAGCAUAACUGUUAAAAAAUGUUUUGAUUUAACCGAGGAUGAUCGUGAUGGGCUUUUAUUUUUUACUGAAUGGGUUGAAGGAACUGAUCCUGCGCCUUAUCUAUCCAUCUACCGUGAUCAGAUAGAACCUUUUCUAGCUGAAGCUGCCCAUAAGUUCUCUGAAAAGCAAAGAUCAAAGUCGUGAUUAAUGUUAUCACGUAUUUGAACGGAGAUGUACAUUUCACGUAGAGUCAUGUGAUAACUUAACAUAAUCAAUAAAAAAGAGUCGUCGUCGAAAAAUCAUUGUUUUAUUGUUUUUGGUAUAACUAUUUGGAAGAUAAGCUCAUACUUCAUUGUAGGGCUUCGUUGAAACUAGUUGGUCACUUUUGUGUUUUCACAUUGCCUCUGU